UUUGAGUGACCAAUUAUGGGGAAGCCAACAGGGAAAAAGAAAGAUCAUGAAAGUCCCAAGGAAAAAGAAGCUAAGGUUCCUGCUACUAAUAAGACUAUGGACCGUAGCGCCUCAAAGGUCCUUGAUGAAGACACUGCCAUGUUCAUCAACAUGGCACAAGAGCUCAAGGAAGAAGGCAACAGGCUAUAUCAGAAGAAGGAUCAUGAAGCUGCCAUGUUGAAGUUUGAGAAGGCUUUGAAGCUCCUACCGAAGAAUCACAUUGAUGCUGCACACCUUCACACAAGUAUGGCCGUCUGUUACAUGCAAAUGGGACUAGGGGAGUACCCUCAUGCCAUCAACGAAUGCAAUAUGGCGUUAGAAGUCUCGCCUAGAUAUAGCAGGGCUCUGUUGAAGAGGGCAAAGUGCUAUGCAGCGUUGAAUCGGUUGGAUUUGGCAAUGAGGGAUGUUAGGAUUGUUUUGAAUUGGGAGCCUAAUAACCUUACAGCAUUGGAGAUCCAGGAUAGUCUGAGAAUUACAAUGGAAGAAAAGGGUAUCACUAUAGAUGAGACUGAGAUUGCUUUGGCUACAAUCGCAGAGCCUCUAGGUGCCCGGUUGCGAAAAGUGGUGAGGGAGAAGCUAAAGAAGAAGAAAGGUCAUCACCAGAAAAGUGACGAGAAGAUGGAGGAGGAUAAGGAGGUUGUGCACAAGGAGGUGGUGCAAAAGGAUCAUGUGCAGGAGAAUGUGAAGAGUCAUGUUAAGGAUAAGGAUAAGGAAGUGGUCAAGAACACAAUCGAGAAAGACAAUUUGGAAGCAAGACCUGUUAAGCGGCGAGAAAAGCCGGUUACAAGGACAGUGAAGUUCAUAUUUGGAGAGGAUAUAAGAUGGGCGCAGCUGCCGGUGAAUUGUAGUUUGAGGAUGAUAAGGGAUACAAUAAAGGAUCGGUUUCCACAAUUGAAGGGUGUUCUUGUGAAGUAUAAGGAUCGAGAAGGUGAUUUUGUUACAAUAACCAAUGUUGCUGAUUUAAGGCUAGCUGAAAGUUCCGGUAAUGUGCUGGGAUCAAUUCGACUUUAUAUUACAGAAGUGGAUCCUUCACAGGAACCAUCUUAUGAUGAUAAAACCAUGGUGAGUGGGGUGCCAACUUAUGUUAGCAAAUCAGGUGAGGAUAUAGAGAAUGUAGCUAGGCAAAGAGCCGAACCGGUAGCAAACCGGGUGAUUACUGUGGAGGACUGGCUUGUCCAGUUUGCAAGGCUGUUCAAGAACCAUGUUGGGUUUGACUCUGAUGCAUAUCUAGAUAUUCACGAGGUUGGAAUGAAGCUAUAUUCCGAAGCAAUGGAGGAUACUGCAUCGGAUGAUGAUGCUCAAGAACUGUUUGAAAUUGCAGCAGAUAAAUUUCAAGAAAUGGCAGCUUUGGCAUUGUUUAAUUGGGGGAAUGUUCACAUGUCUAGGGCGAGGAAGCGUGUAUCCUCUGCAGAGGAUGGAUCAAGAGAGUCUUUGGAGAGUAUCAAGUCUGCAUAUGACUGGGCUCAAAAUGAGUACACAAAAGCAGAAACGAGAUACGAAGAGGCUGUGAGAAUCAAACCCGACUUCUAUGAAGGACUUCUUGCACUCGGGUAUCAGCAGUUUGAGCAAGCAAAGCUUCAUUGGUGUUAUUCGGUGGCAACCAAUAAGGACCUGGACAUUGGUGCUUCUGAAGAGGUUUUGCAGUACUAUAACAAGGCAGAGGAUAGCAUGGAGAAAGGCAUGUUGAUGUGGGAAGAGAUUGAGGAGCAGCGUUUGAAUGGAUUAUCCAAAUUCGACAAAUAUAAAGAACAGUUAGAGAAAAUGGAUUUGCAUAAUCUUUUCCGGGAUGUUUCUCCGGAGGAAGCCGAAGAGCAGGCUUCAAAGAUGAGGUUACAGGUAUAUCUUUUAUGGGGAACGUUGUUGUAUGAGCGCUCUGUUGUGGAAUAUAAGCUAGGCCUACCCACAUGGGAGGAAUGCUUGGAGGUUGCUGUUGAAAAGUUUGAACUAGCUGGAGCUUCUUCGACCGACAUAGGUGUCAUGAUAAAGAAUCAUAGUUCUAAUACAUCAGCACUUGGAGGGUUCAAAAUUGACGAGAUAGUGCCAUGGAAUGAGAUGUAUGAUGGGUGGCAAUUUGAUGUUCCAUCAUUUCAACUUGAACCAUUGUUUCGUCGGCGUGUUCCAAAACUACAUGACAUGGAGCAAUUUUGAGUGUUCUUACUUAGAGUUUGUUGUUGUUUAGAAGCAUAUAUAUUAUAUAAUGCUUCUGUUUUGUCUAUUACAUAUUUUUUAAGGCUUCCUCCUCCUCUAAGACAGGUAAGUAAGACUGUGCUUAUACUCCAGUUUCUUUGCAUGAUGCUUCUGCUUUCGUUAGUAAUUAAAUGCUAGAUUUGCAUUUUACUUUUGCUAGGAAAAUUAAGUGUUUUUUGUCUUGCAAAGUUGAAAUGAUAAUUUUCCCAUUCAUAACUUGAGAGAUGUUUUUACAAGUAUUCUUGUGGUGGAAAUGAUAGUAACAAAGCUUUGGAGACGCAUGUAUGGAAACAUGGGGUGCAUGUGAUUGACCUUAGAAUAACUAUUACUGACUGGAUAAUUGUGAUUAGUUGACAAAUGCUUAGGUUCAUGUUUCCUUGUAUUAUAAUUUGAUGCUGCUGUCUUUAGUACUACCUGAGAUUUCUUUGAAGAAGCAAUAUGAGUUACUGAUAAGACUCCAGUUAGGUUAGGUCAGCUAAGACAUGCUUAGUAUUAUUUAUGGGAGAAGGAUCAUCAUAUUUCAAAUUUGAAUUGUUUUUAUGUGGAGAUUGUGUGAGAAAUAGGCUUUGGUAAGAUGUUAGGAAGUAUUCCGCAACUAACUGAAAAGCUUCUUAUGGGGAAGAAUAGUAUUAUUUCUCCAACUGAAAACAUUUUGAGGAAUUUCAUGGCCUUGUAAUUGUUGUCUACAUAUUGAAAAUUAUAAGAGAAUAUCAAUCACAAACAGAAAGAAUAAAGCAGAAACCAGGGAUUGCAAAAUAGGAUUGGCUUCUGAAAUGACAUAAUUCAUGAUGAUUUGUUUUUUGGUCAUUGUCGGAUUACAUGAUAUAACCGACCUGCCUAGUAGAAUAAGGCUUUGUUACUCCUGUUGGAUUGCAUAAUAGUGCAUAUAAUUCAAUAUUUUAUUUUCUUCUAAUCCUUUCUGUUAAGUUGUAUCUAUAUAAUGUCAAUGAU